GGUUGAUGCAGGGAGUUCUCCGUUAUCAUGGCGCCUGCUUAUGGCUGCUGCCCUCGGGGCGGACCGGCACUGCCCACCAGCGGGGGCAGAAAGGAGCAGCGCUGCGAGACGGCCGCCAGGGCCGGACAGCGCCGGCGCCCAGCUGCAGGCGGCGCUGCGGCGGGAGGCCGCGGGUGCACCGCUCGUCCGGCGGAAGAAGCAGCCGCUUCCCGCGCGGGCUGUUGGAGCCGCUGUGCCGGCAUGGCGUGCGGGUUCCUGCUGGAGAUCCGGCGGGGGACGCAGAGCGCCUUGCUCGUUAUCCGCGAGGCGAGCCUGCGGAACCUGCCGGCCGACAUCUCGGUGGCCCCGGGCCGGCUGGAGGUGAGGAGCGGCGCUGCCUGCGAGGCGGCUGCGCUGCCGCCAGGGGUCAGCCUGGCUCCGUCCUCCUGCCGCGGGCUGCGGCGCCUGCCCGGAGACGGCCUGCACCUGCGGCUGCAGCUGCGCGACGCGCCCAGCGCCCCGGAAUUGGUUUACAAUGUGAGGGAAAGCCUAAAACCACAGAAGAAUUACGUCUUUUACUGCCAGUCCUGUGGUAACGUCGUAGUAAAAGAACGGAAAUUUCUCAGAGUUCUUCCUCUACCAAGUGAAAACUGGAGUGCUUUAGUAGAAGAGUGGUGUUGUCACCCUAAUCCCUUUGCAAGAAGCACUUUACUCCCUCAGCAUGGUGACUGUUUUCUUGGAGACACUUUUCUCCUGUUGAAUUCAAGAAAUCAAUCAUAUGUGCCUGAAUCUCCCAAGUGCAGCUCAGAGACUGAACAUCACGCUUCUCAGAAUGACUCUACCUUGAAAUCAAAGGAAAAUACCAGAGUAAUUUGUGAGCGCUGCAAGUCAACGCUGGGAGAAACAGUAUCAUCAGAUACUGUUAAAUACUAUGUCACUGAGGUGAUUAUUUGGCCAUCUGAGGAAAGUUUCAGCACACUACCAAGGUCUCAAUUCAUACAGAGCGUGGUUGCUCAGUGUCUUGCGGAAUUGUCCUCUGCUAAAAGCACGUUUAGAUUCACCAUAAAAGGUGACGAUGGAAGGAUCUAUAUUCUGAUAUGGCUUUUAAAUUCUGACACAUUGCUGGUGGAGUCCUCAGGAAGUUCCUCCUCCCACAGUGUCUUUACGUUAUUCGGAGAUAAUUUCAUGCAUAGCUGUGGACCAUCGGGGAUGUGGAAUGCUGUCAAAGUUCUCUACCAGCCGUGCAUUAAGAACAGGAAUAAGGACCUUGCUGAUGCCUGGGAAAAUGAUUUUGGAGUUCAUCCUUUAAAGUUUCCAUCAGAAACAUGUCUGGAAUUACUUCUGAUGCUGAGUUUAAGCACUGCUUCUCUACCCCCUUCACUUCAGCGCAUGAACUCUUUUCAGUUCACUUGGUUUCUUUCCUCUAAAGGGAAUACAAACAAGAACAGUUUUAAACUUGGGUGAGAUUGAACUACUUUUCCUUUCCUUAACUGAGAAAGUAACUUUCUGCUGUUGCUGCAUAUCUGCUGUCUAUUGUCAGCUCCACAAAACAGAUUGUAUGCACUGGAUUUGCAGAUCGCGUUUCUUCAAAAUUUAUUGUUUCACUGCCUCUCGUCACGCUUCUGCUUCUCUUACACCGGUCACCUGCUUUGCCCAUUUGCCCAGUGUUACCAUUUUGGGUAGAGCAAAUUUCUUUCCAGCAGCUUCUGCCAUCUGGAACCGUCUUCUUUUAUCUCCCUAGUUUGUCGUGACUCCAGAGCUUUUCACAUAUUUUGUGAAGUUGUAACUUUUUUCUUUUACCUGUUACACCUCGGGGUGUGAUUCUGUGACUGAAUGCCCUAUUCAGUACUGGGUGUCUUCGCCCCACUGUUGUUUUCUGUGAGGCUUUUAUCAUAUGAUGUCAGGAAAAUGAUGAAAUGCUCCAUGAAAUUAAAUGUUAUGAGAGAGAUUCAGAACGACUGAAACCUGUAGCCCCAUAUCUACCUUCUCCCUACUGAGAAAAGAGCAUUAUCAGCCUCUGUUUCAGUAGCUUUCAGCCUGCUGUACUCUUUAACCAUGUAAGAGCUCACUGUCAAGUUGCUUUCCCUAAAUUCUCAGCAUCAUUUUCAUGUAGUAUGAAGAAUGCUUAAGCUUGAUAUUUUGCAUUUUCCUGGGAAAGCUGAGAGAGCACAGUUCCUAGAACUGAAUAUCUUAGCUUGAAUUUCUUAACUUGCCCUGGUUCUAAAAGCUUUUAACAAAGUUGUAGUUGUUUUAUUGUUCACAAAAAAUGUGACUUUGUGAGAUGCAUCCUUUGUGUGGCUGUGGUGCUCUAUAGAUCCCACUGUGUAGAUAUCUCUUUAAAACAUUGAAAAUGUGGAGUUUAUGUUCACUUAUUAUGCAGCAAUUUCUGGCGCUACAAAAAAUAACGGUGGAGUGCUGCAAUGCAUUUGGUACUGUGACAGAAGAAGAUGAUCGUCUUAAGAUGUACUGGAGAGAAAAUGAAAAAAAAAAUGUUUCCUGUCAUGUAAGUAAGGAUGCUAAAGUACAGAAGUCAGGUCUUAACAGUGGUUUGCAAUCAGCUAUCUUCACCGAUUGAAAAGGGAAGCAUUAUGUCAAGGUAUGGGCAAUAUCAAGAUCCUUAAAUUAGGGAACUGACUUUUAUUCUUAACUUAGUGAUACACCCCAAUUUGUACACCAGGUAGUUGUAGAUAGGGUACGUGAUUUUUUUUCUUCUAGAUUUCUCUUCCAGAAUGCAGUGGUAGCAGUGAAAUACUGCAUUUCUGAGCUUCACUAAAAGACUGUGAGUAGACUGGUAGUUGUCCAUUUUGCAAAGAAAAUACCCUGCUAAGUGAAGAACUGGGGGGAGAAGCACUCUCUCCCACUUGCCCAACUCAUAGGUUCAUAGUUUUGAAACCAGUGUACAGUGCCAGACUGUGUUAUCCAGAACGUAUAGCAAUCCAAGUCCCUCUGGAUACAAUAAAGGGAGACAUUUUACAUUGCUUCAGAGUGAACUUUGGUUAUGGAGGAACUUUGUAAGUUAUUUACUUUGAGUAGUUUUUGUCCUUGAACACCUUCAUGUGUUGCACGUGUUUUUUAAAGAGCUUACAAUUUCUAUGUGUUAGCCCAUUUUUUGUCAGCUCUGUCAACUUUACGAAUGAACUGAUGUGCUUUUUUUGUUGGCAUUGAUAUUAAAUGUAAAUGCGGACACUGAAAAAUGAUUCCUUUUGACAUUUUUCAUUUUGUUGGGCAGUAGGGGAGCCUAGAGGAUCAGGAAAACAUUUUGUUGCAAAUAAUCUUCUCAGAGGAGUGAAUAAGUGCAUUUCAUACGUUAUAAAAUAUACCAAGUAGUCAAAUAAAUAUAUCCAUUCUAAUGAUACCUCAGAAACAUGUACAAAAAGAGCCUGUAGUCUUAGGCUUGGGGAAAAAAAAAGCUUAAAAUCUUAUGUCGUGUAUUAAAAUGUUUGUUGUCUUUCUAGAUUUUUAGAAAAUUCCUUUUUUAAAAAACUUUUUUCUUCUGUUAUGGUUUAACUCAGCAGGCACCCAAACACAGCACAGCCUUUUGCUCACUCCCUCCAAUGGUUCCACCACACCAUGGAGGUGGUGGCUCUUCUCUGCCAAGGGACUGGCCCGGCCCCAGGCAUGCUUCCAUCAAUUAGCAACAACCAAAACAUCAUUGUGCUAUUGAUAUUGUUUUGAUUGAAACGAGGACAUCUUC